AUGGCUGAAGAUGAGAAAAAGGUCUUGAUUGAAUAUAACAAGAUGAGGGACCCUGGAUGCCUGCUGGAAGGAAAGACCGAAACGGCCUGGCUCAGGCCUCAGAGAAGACAUUAUCCCUAUUCUAACCGCAAUUCGGCAGAGAUUUUUAAAAUAGUGAAGCAUGAGUACAUCAGUGACAGGGCCUCCUGGAUAACAAUUGCCCCUCCUGAAAACAGGGAAAAGAGGCAUUUCCAGGAAAAAAGCCAUGCCAUAUUUGGAUGA